CGGGCCCCGCCGCCGCCCCGCCGGGCCCGGCCCUGGCCCGCCUGCAGGGCCGCGAGUUCGAGUUCCUCAUGCGGCAGGCGGCGGUCACCAUAGGCCGCAACUCCUCGCAGGGCUCGGUGGACGUGAACAUGGGGCACUCGAGCUUCAUCUCCCGGCGCCACCUGCAGCUCAGCUUCCAGGAGCCGCACUUCUACCUGCGCUGCCUCGGCAAGAACGGCGUCUUCGUGGACGGGGCCUUCCAGCGGCGGGGCGGCCCGGCCCUGCAGCUCCCCCCGCAGUGUACUUUCCGAUUCCCUAGCACAGUCAUAAAGAUCCAGUUCACAUCUUUAUACCAUAAAGACGAAGUGAAGGAGGAAGCUUCAUCACCUCCCCUGCGGCCGCUUUAUCCUCAGAUAUCACCUCUGAAGAUACACAUUCCGGAGCCGGAUCUCCGGAGCUUGGUCAGCCCCCUGCCCUCCCCCACUGGCACUAUCAGUGUUCCCAACUCCUGCCCGGCCAGUCCACGUGGCGCUGGAUCCUCAGGCUAUCGCUUUGUUCAGAACAUUACCUCGGACCUGCAGCUGGCAGCAGAGUACGCAGCGAAAGCAGCAUCAGAGCAGCAGGCAGACGCGUCUGGCGGGGACAGCCCAAAGGAUGAGUCCAAACCACCAUAUUCCUAUGCUCAAUUAAUUGUGCAGGCCAUAUCUUCAGCCCAAGACAGGCAAUUAACACUAAGUGGGAUCUAUGCCCACAUCACCAAGCAUUAUCCAUAUUACAGGACUGCUGACAAAGGCUGGCAGAACUCCAUUCGGCACAACCUCUCCUUGAACCGUUACUUUAUCAAAGUUCCACGCUCCCAGGAGGAGCCCGGAAAGGGCUCCUUUUGGCGAAUCGACCCUGCCUCAGAAGCCAAGCUAGUCGAACAGGCAUUCCGAAAACGGAGACAGAGAGGGGUGUCCUGUUUUCGAACCCCUUUUGGGCCCCUCUCCUCCAGGAGUGCCCCUGCCUCUCCUACUCAUCCCGGCCUGCUGUCCCCUCACUCUAGUGGCCUACAGACUCCAGAGUGCCUGUCCAGGGAGGGCUCACCCAUUCCACAUGAACAUGAUUUUGCAUCAAAGUUAGCUUCUGUUCCAGAGUAUCGAUAUUCACAAAGUGCACCUGGAUCACCUGUCAGUGCCCAGCCGGUGAUCAUGGCUGUUCCUCCCCGGCCAUCCACUCUAGUGGCAAAGCCGGUAGCUUACAUGCCAAUAGUGACUUCUCAACAGCCUUCUGGUCAUGCAAUCCAUGUAGUGCAGCAAGCUCCCACUGUUACAAUGGUCAGGGUUGUAACUUCCUCCUCAAGCUCCGCUAACGGAUACAUACUGACAAAUCCGGGCCCAGCAAGCGGUGCUCAUGAAGCAACAGGAACAGUGUUGGAUUUGGCUGGUGAUCAUCGAGGUAGUCUGUUUCAUUUCCCUCCCUACUUGACAAAGGAAGAUUUGUCCGGACUUGUAGGGUUUUUCUGCACACCUAUUGCACUCCCUGGGUGUUUAGCCCUUGACAAAAGAGGCAUGGAUGAGAAACCAACAAUUGCGUUUGCCACAAUACCCACUGCCAGUCGAGUCAUUCAAACAGUGGCCAGUCAGAUGGCUCAAGGUGUCCCAGGGCAAACUGUUACCAUCCUUCAGCAGGCAACUCCAGUGACCAUUGGACAACACCAACUACCUGUUCGGGCAGUAACACAAAAUGGAAAGCAUGCCAUCCCCACCAACAGCAUCACCGGCAGUGCUUAUGCUCUCACAAAUCCGCUACAGCUCCUUGCAGCCCAGGCUAGCUCAUCCACUCCCGUUGUGGUCAGCCGGAUAUGCGAGGCAGCGACUGAAGACCCUGCACCACCCUCGGGUGAGCCAGAUGUAAAAAAACCCCGGAUGGAAGAGUCCAGCGGAGCAGUCCAGGCUCAAACUGGAGUCAUCACGUCCACAGCGCCGCAAGGACAGGCAACCAGUGAAUGACGAAUCGGUGGGAGGAUAGUAGGAAUGUAGGUGGGGCAGCGGCAUGAGCCUCGAAAGCAAUUUUCAAAGAAAAGAAAAACCACAACUGUAACAACAGCUUGAAAUUUAGAGAAUUACGAGCUCUUUUUAAAAUUACAUUUUAAAGGGCAGGUCAACAACAGUUCUUAGAAUUUCGAGAUGCUAAAAAGAAUGAAAAAGAAUCCUCCCAACUACCUGUACCUGGAACUCAGUUCUGCCUUUACUUAUGGGAUAUUUUUCCUCUUUUUAGAUUAAAAAAAAAAAAUACAGACAACUGAUUGUAUGACUGCUGGGAUAUUUUUUUUUUUUUAAUCUCCUUCCCUUUGGGAUGGGAGUUACAGUUCAGCAUCUAAAGGAAUGUAUCACAGACACAUCUGCUCUAUGGGAGGAAGGCUGAUCAUCUCUGAUGCCUUGCUAUUCUGCCUCUCGGAGCUUCAAAACAUAAGACCAUUUAAAAGGGCCACCCAAGAAGAUUUAGAAGGAUGGGCACAGCUUCUCGUAGGAACAGCAUUAAAGUAACAUGAUACCAAACUGGGGGGAAAAGGCAGACUUUUUUUUAAACAAACCCACCCCUGCAAAACAUCAUUAUAUCCAUGUUUGUUUAUAUGGGGAUUUGGGAGGGGGAACUACAGGGCUCAACCAGAUGGAUCUUCAAAAUAUGGUUUCUGUCCAUUCCCUUUGAGGGAAAGUGAGAAGAUGGACGAGCAGCAUUAAUCUAUUUCUUUUAAAGAAAAGAGAAAAAAACAAAAAGGGGUGGGUUGUCCUCACACUGAUUUCUCACAGUUAUUCAUCAUCCGCUUCUGAAUUUACGGCAAAAUAUCAUAGUGACUGAACAUGUGAGAAAGGGCAUCUUUGAAAGGUUCUGUGUAUAUUUGGUUUUUUAGUUGUUCAUAUGUCCCCCUGCUUCUGGGGCAAUAUGGUUUAUUCAUAGCAUCCUAGAAUGAAACUACCAUCACCUUUCCUGUGAGCCCAAGGGGCAAAUGGUUAGCCUUCUGCAUCAAAGUGGUUUUGUCAGUCCUUUCUGGCAGUACGACCCUCUGGCCUGAAGACCAGAUGGCUUAAGGUCAACAGCCCAGCGCCAGAUUGAAACUUGGAAGUGAAUUUCAGCUGGUGUCCCAUGGUGUGAAGCUGAGACAGUGAGGUUAAAUUCCAGGGGUGAGGGCCAGUGGGGAUUAUAGACAGUAUUGAGAAUGAAUCUCAUAAACUAAUGCAAACCAAGAGAACAGAGGCCUCGCAUUUUCUACAUGAAAACGUUCAAUUCCUGUUUUUAAAACAGGAUUUUGAGGUUUUCCUUUGCUCCCCAACACAUGCCCUCCCAAUGAUAUAGUUAGACAAAGGACCAGGAGUCAAUUGCAUUUGUUAGGACUGGCCAGUGGUCAAGAUAAUUUCCUUUUAAAUAUAUAUUUGUUUUAAUUUAGCAGUUGGAUAAAUCAUGUUCUUUUCAUAAUGUACUAAAAAAAAAAAAACAGUGCAGACCCAGUAUCCCUACAGAUUUGAGACACUUGAAGCAGUUGGGGAGUGGGUGCUGUGCAUGGCAUGAAUUGUGGUUGAGGAAACAGGAUCACCCUCUUUUCAGCCUCCAGUUAAUCAGUUGUUAGUUUUUACAAUACAACCCCUUCUGCUAUCUUCUGAUUAAACACCAAAGACAUUUCUUAACUUAAAGAUCCUGAUAGCUUUGGAAAUGGGAAAAGUAAGCUAGCAAUAAUGGAGCAUGUGUCUUCUUUCUAGGGAUCUCUGUCCUUUCUGCUUCCACUGAUGUAGUGCAGUGUUGUCAUCUUGCUGUUAAAUCCAAACCGACAGUGCUGUUACGGAGCAGAGUGCAGUGAGCAGCAAGCUCAGUGUGGAACUUUUAAUGGGACGGAUUUCUCCAAGAUACAGCAAAUGAGACCAUUCAUACCCUGUACACAUGGCAGAUCACCAGUGUUAAGGAGCAAAGCAGAGCUGAUGAAUUUCUUCUAGCAUCUUAGGGAGGAGGCAAAUGUAGUAGUAGUAGUAGUAGUAGUAAUGGCUAACUGCAAACAGGUGACAUUACUUCUCUUCUAGGUUUCCUUUCUCUUUGCCAGUCCCAUUCCCUGUGAUUGAGAUCCACUUUCUAUAUGAAAGCUGAGCAAGUUUGUUUUUGCCUCACGAAAACAAAUUUCUCGCAGUUUAUAAAAGAGGAGAAAAUUCCUGGGGGACAUGGUUUAGGGUGACAGCAUUGAAGACAGUGAUGAAUCUACAGCUUGACCAUUCUAAUUUAUCUGUACGUUGGUGGCAGUGAGUGGACAGAUUCUCUGGAUUUUAGUGCAUAGAAUUGAUUUCUGAAAUCCGGUGGCGGCUGUUGUAAUUUGCCUAAUAGUUGCAGUCAGCCAAUCAGCAACUUUGCACCUAUUCUUCUGGUGGGUGGCUAAGUCUGGGUUUUUGACAGUAGUCAGCUGAUGUAACGGUUUGCUCAAAGCCAGGAUUCUAAGAGGAGACUAUUAGCACAGACUAAGAAAUAGGGCACAAUGAUGAGAAUAUAGCACAGUUUGUUUGUGCCCCUACAGCAAGUCAGUAACGUCAGGUGAACGGUACUUUGAAUUUCAGCAAAUCCCCAGAAAGAACUAUGAGGCUGGGAAUCCUUUGUUUAAGGAAGGCUUUUUAAGUCUUGUAACAGGUCAGGUGAGCAAAUGCUGGAUGAAUGACAAAUGAAAAACAUUGUUUGGGCUCAGAUGGUUGCUUCUCCUUGAAAAUGUCCAUAAAUAGGACCAUACCAUAAGCUGCUGUAAAUCACAUAGAUCUAUUGAAAUCAAUGGAGACUUGCAGACUUACAACGGGUGAGUGUUUCCACAGAUCAGUUGCUGGGUUAUAAACAUGCCUUUUAAAAUGUACAGAUUUUAAAGUGUACAUAUUUGCCCCUCCAGCAUUCAGGGCAGUGUAACGUUUUCCAGACUCUCCUUUGUGGCUCAGAACACCUGCUGGUCAAGUUGCUAGUUGAAGAUAAUUGAAUGUACUUAUCACCAGUUACAUGUUCACUGGUUCCACUUGCAAAACCCCAGAAUCUUUAGUUUAUCCAAGUAGUGUUUUCUGCCUCCUCCCUCACCAGUCUGGUAUAUUCACUUUCCAUUCUAGGAAGCAGCCACGCCACUUUCCCAGCCUUUGAGUUGGCGGUUGGCUAGUGUUGGACCCACACUAAGAAAAAUAGCACUUCUUACCCCAAAUCUUGUAGAGCCUAUGGAAAAGUGUUCUCCUUCCUUAUUUGUAGCAGCUGAUAAGAGUAUUUAUACCUACUUUCAGGCCUCCCAAGUGGUUCUCUAACAUGCUGCCAGUUCUAGAAAGCCACUCAGCUAAAACACUGCUGUUCCUAAUGAAAAUUCCUCAGCAGAAUUUCCUCUUAAAAAGGGCAAAUUAUAAAUAUUGGCGAUUGAAACAACCUAAUAUGUUGUCUAAUCCAUCCCUGCCAAGGCAAGAUUGUUGCAAAGCCAGAAGCAAGUGUUCUUCCCUGUUACAUGCUUUUUCAACCCUUGUAAGUAAGUAAGUAAAUAAAAAGGGAAAGUUAAAUGCAUGAGUAAGAUAAAUUUGUCUUGUUUACACACACUAGAAACUAAGCUUAGGAAAAUAUCCAGCUUUAUUAAAAUAAACCGUAUUGGAUCGGAAUAGCCAUUUAUUAAAAUCCAGGUUGUAAACAAACUUAAGAAAUCAAUAACAAAAAUAGGGAUGUGAUGGAAAUAAUGAUUGUCUCUGCUGUUCAGUUAGUGGUGAUAAAGUUAUGCACCAUUCCAUGCUUGCAACUUCACAGCUAUAAUUUCUAAAUGAAAUAUGCAUCAAUAACCUAAAUUCUUGUAGUGGUUGUCCUCUCUUGCUGUCUUUUCCCCUUCCUGUUGCUAAUCAUAGUCCAUACUCAGCUGAUGGGGUAUAACCAAUACGGAGGAAAUGAGUUGUGACGUUUCUUGUUUAUUGGAAUGCAGAACUUGGGCUGGAAAUGUUUGGUGAUAAGAUGAACUGAAACCAUAUUUGAGUUCGAGGCUUGUUGACCCUUCUUUUCUAGAUGAAAGUGAUUUCAUUGGAGAAUAUUUUCCCUGCGCACUCCAACUGAUGCCGUAUUGAAAACAACAGAUGCUUUCUCUUUUCUUUUAACAACCUCCCCUUUUUGGGCGGUUUGUUGCUAGUGACUGUCAGACCCAGGCCUAGUCCCAUGAAUUCUCCUACAUUUUUGCACCAAAUUUCUGUUGCUUUUCAGACAACUGUGAUUACUGUGCUGUCCCUUGGCUUCAGCAGGCAUCCUUGGAGAUGGAAUUCAGUGCAACUCCAAGGUCAUUUGAAUUACAAGCGGCCAUUUCAUUCCCCCCUCUUCCCUCACCCCGGUCUGUCUAUGUGAAGGUGCUCCUACAUUCUGGCAUACUUGAAUGUGACCUCCCAUACUUGGGUUACCUUUGCAGAAUAAUAUUGAAUUGUUUUAGUGAUUGACUUGAAACUAAGAAAAUGUUAUCCCCAAAGAAUUCCCAGGAAUCAUACAAAAAACUGUAUCUGCCUUUUAAACUCCCCUUUCUAUUUGAAAAUGGGAGCUACUAAUUUUUGUGUAAGGUUGCAACAUUAAAAAAAUUAAAUGAAUUUUUCUGUUGAAACUUUUAAAAAGUCUGUUUACCUUUCAGCCCGUUUUUUCUUGUUUCUUCCAGUUGCUAGUUAAACCACACCACACGUUCUACACAAGGUAUUAACUCCACAGGCUUUCUCUCCUGGGUAUUAUAAAUGACUAUGGAAACAGCUGGGAUAAGGAUACAGAGUAAGGUCUUAAACUAAAGGGACAUUUAAGUUUGAUUAUCUGAAACUCCCAGUUGUUCAGAACAGGGUCAUAUCCCCCUUCAUCUAUUAAUUGUAUUGAAAAACCCCUUGAUUAUUUUCCCCAAAACUUCAGUUAUCUGAAAUUGAGCAUCUCUUACAAUAUUUGGCUGAUGGAGAUUGUACCAUAUGGUGGUUGUUUGUUUAAGUUUCUUUACCUGCUAUAACCCAUACCUUGGGAUAAUCUAAAACUGAAAAAAAAAAAAUUAAAUCUAUUGACUGUUUCCUUUUUGCAUUUUUCUGAGCUUGGCCAAUGAUGAGAAAUGAAUCAGUUUUACUUUGAUUUAUAGGCAGUUUAUAUUCACGUUUCUCUUGAACUUGGCUUUGUAAAAGCGUAUUUUUGCAAAAUGUCAAUAUUGGGGUGAAUUUGAUCUGAUACAGGGACCCUUUCAAAGUGGUGUCAAUUUGGCCUGAUUCCGUGAUAGCCCAUCACGCUGCCCAUAUGUGGGAGCAAAGUUCAUGGCUGUAGCUAGGUCCCAUUUUUCUGGGCCAGGAGAGACUGGAUGAGCUGUAGGGGGCAGUGUGGUGAAGACAGAGCACUUGCAUUGAACGCUGCCCAACACAAGGCUGGGAGAAGACUAAAGGAUAACACAUUUGGGAUCCGCAGGCUCUGAGGGGGACUUCAACAGGGGUCAUGUUGACCAGCUUAUAAAAAAAUUCUGCCGUGUUUCAAUUUUUUGUCUUUUAGAAAUUAGCUGCUGGUUGCUACAUUAGCUAAUAAACUACUGAAUAUGAGUAGCAACUGUUAAUUUGAUUUUGCACAUACCGAUUAGAUGACUGUGCAUGUAUGGAGUGACCUAGAGACACAACUGCAAUUGAGUCUGCUUCCACAACCCUUUUCUUUAUUUUACUGUUUCAUUGUU